AUGAUACGCAUCCAAAAGGAUGGAUGGUUUACUCACGCAGAAAAAGGAAGGAUGCAAAUCAGGCAAAUCAGGAUAUACAUGUUGAGAUUUGCAGAACCGCAACCGAGAGUAGGAAAAAAAACUCAAUCAGUUGCAUCACUACUUAGAAAGACCCCUGAAGAAGUAGUUGAUGAGAGGCAUUCCAAGGGUCCUACUCAAAGAACAAUUGAGGCUUGUACGAAGAGUAAGGAAGAAACAAAGAGGACAAUGCUACAUAUAGCAGUUUUUUUUUAUGAGAAUGGCAUACCAUUUAAUGCGGCUAAUUCAAGAAGCUUUGAAGUAAUGGUUGAAUCAAUUGGACAAUGGGGGCUGGGAUUGAAGCCUCCUAGCUUUCAUGAGUUACGAGUACCCCUCCUUUUGGACUCAAAGCAAGUGACUGAUAAGUUGAAAGAAAGACAUAGACUUGCUUGGAAGCAAUACGGGUGCACACUCAUGUCUGAUGGGUGGACCGAUAAAAGAGGUAGACAUCUGAUUAAUUUUCUUGUGAAUAGUCCCGAGGGGACUUUUUUCUUGGAGUCGGUUGAUGCAUCGAGUGAGUCACACGAUGCAAGAAUGUUAGCUGGAUUGUUGGAGCAAAAAGAUGAAGAAGUUGGGAAAGAAAAUGUCAUUCAAAUAGUGACCGGCAAUGGAGCAAUCUAUAAAGCCGCGGGCAAACUUUUGGAGGAGAGGAUUCGGACAUUAUUUUGGACUCCUUGUGCAGCACACUGUCUUGACCUCAUGCUAGAGGACAUUGGGAAGAUGAUGGAGUUCAAGUCCAAGAUUGCAAGUGGUAGAAAUAUUACCACUUUUAUUUAUAGACAUGGGCGAAUCCUUAGUGCCAUGAGAGAGCAUACGGGUGGGCAAGAUCUUGUAAGAGCUGGCGCUACUGAUUCGCCACAGCAUUCCUCACUUUACAGAGUUUGUACAAGCACAAAAAUGCUUUGA